GGACCGAACCAGACGAGCGUCACUGUCACAUGGGACGGCACUGCAGCGGUUCAACGGCGACGUAUCAUGCCAUUGCCGUUGUCCGCGUCUUCUUUGCAUGACGCCACAAUAAAAGAAGAAGAAAAAGCGUACUACUACAGGUCUGAGCAGCAACAAAGGCACGCGACGCGCCCGUGAUGGAUGCUUUUGUCAUGAAUGGAUCCAUCGUAAAGAAAGGGGGAGUCAACUGAAUCAGGGUCAUGUGCAGUGAGGGGAGGGGAGGGAGCAGUUCCACGUCAUGAUCCUGCCUGCCUGCCUGCGUGGGGAUCGAUGAUGCAAAAAACAAAAAACAAGUUCACCGGGAGGUCAGUCUGCCUGCACUAGUGAGUUAUAACCUUUUUCUACCCUCGAGAAGCCUCUGUCUUCUCCACCGCUAGGCGCUAGCCCACAGGCCGAAUCUCUCCGCCUCCGUUCUUGGUCUUCUUCCUUUGGGGAGGAGGAGGAGGGGGAAGCAUGGGCAACGAGUUCGACUACCUGUUCAAGCUCCUCCUGAUCGGCGACUCCUCCGUCGGCAAGUCCUGCUUCCUCCUCCGUUUCGCCGACGACUCGUAUGUGGACAGCUACAUUAGCACCAUCGGCGUUGACUUUAAAAUCCGCACUCUCGACAUGGAUGGGAAGACCAUCAAAUUGCAGAUUUGGGACACAGCAGGACAGGAGCGGUUCAGAACCAUCACAAGCAGCUACUACCGAGGAGCUCACGGGAUCAUCAUUGUCUAUGACAUCACGGACAUGGAGAGCUUCAACAAUGUCAAGCAAUGGCUGAGCGAGAUCAACAAGUACGCCAACGACAGUGUUCGCAAGCUACUUGUCGGUAACAAGUGUGAUCUGGCUGAGAGCAGGGUCGUCGAUACUGCCGUAGCACAGGCCUAUGCUGAUGAGAUAGGUAUUCCUUUCCUAGAAACAAGUGCUAAAGAGUCCAUCAAUGUCGAAGAGGCUUUUUUGGCAAUGUCUGCAGCAAUCAAGAAGAGCAAAGCUGGCAGCCAAGGAGUCCUGGAGAGGAAGCCAUCCAAUCUGGUCCAGAUGAGAGGCCAGCCAAUUCAGCAGCAGCAGGAGAAGCAGAAGAGCAGCUGCUGUUCAACAUGACCCGAGCUCGGACUCGAGGGAGGGUAAGACAUCCCGCCAAGAUGCCCUGGCGCAGCUACCUUCCAGGAAUCAGGAUGAACAUGGCAUGUGCCAAAUGUGGACCUCUUACUUCCUUGUCUUUUGAAACACUUUGGUAGCUAGCUGCAAACUGUAUCAGUAAGCAAGUUUGCGUGUUCGAUCUUUCGGUGGAGCAAAAUCUGUCAAAAUUGUGUCAGAAAACUCUGUGAUUUCGUUGGUUCUCCAAUCAGCACAAUAGCCAGAGCUAUACCAUAUCAACCAUAUUCACAAUCUGCUAA